UUUACAAGAGGGACCAGGUGCCGCGAAGCUAAUGGAAGUUUUAGUACUCCAGUCCGUGCGAAUUUCGGAGCAAGGAUGCGUCACAGGUCCUUAAUCAGGCGAUGAAGAAGGCAUACCUAUUUUCUUAGCCGAGAAGACAUCAGUCCACUUUGCAGGACAAGCGUCGCUCUCAAGAGCCAUGGUGGUGCACCGAUGUCCGGGGAAGGUAGAUAAGAUGUCACGAUUUAAUUGGUUGAAAGUUCGGCCGGCGGCAAGGAAGUCAAUCUCAGUCAUUAUCUGAUCGAUACUGACGUUCCGUCGGCGUCUGUCGGCAUUGAGCCUCCGUCUUCACGUACCAUUUCCAAUACUCUUUCACAAAUUUUUGCGACGCGUCGCACUCGAAAAAUGCGUUUAGCCGGAACUAGCUUGAGUCUCCCCAUCCCCCACCAUCAUGUCCACUGAGAAGGUGGAGAAGGACGAUGUAGAACAGCAUUUCAAGGGACCUUCGACUAUGGCUGCUCCAGCUCAGAGAAGUAGCCUUCGGUCUGUGUUAAUUGUGGCUACAUGUACAAUGGCAAUGAUUGUCAACUCAUCGAAUAGUACCUCUGUAUCGAUCUCCCUUCCGACAAUAGGUGAUGACCUCGGUAUACCAGAAGCAAAACUCAACUGGAUCGUCUCUGCGUACCCGUUAAGCUCUGGGUGUCUACUGGUAAUGUUUGGUAGGUUAGCGGAUUUGUACGGCCGAAAAAGGAUAUUCUGUGCUGGGUCAUUGUGGCUAGCAGCUUUCACACUGGGAUGUUCAUUUGCUAAUGACGAGAUAACGCUCGAUAUAUUGAGAGGACUGCAGGGAAUCGGGGCUGCCGCUACAAUACCCGCCUCCAUUGGCAUCCUUGCCCAUGCCUUUCCGCCAUCGCGAACUCGCUCCAUUGCGUUCGCCACUUUCGCCGCAGGAGCACCACUAGGAGGUGCCUUCGGAACAGCAAUCGGCGGCGUACUAACGCAGCUCACCAAACGGUCGUGGCGUUCGUCCUUUUACCUUACUGCUGGCGUGUGUGCAGCAUCGUUCAUCAUCGGACUCUUGGUCAUUGACGCCGACCUACCUUCGACGGAAACAGAUCAACGGAUUGACUGGAUUGGCGUGUCCCUCGUCACUACUGGCCUCGUGCUCAUCAUAUUCGUCCUUUCCGAGGGAGAAGUUGCCCCUCAACAGUGGAAGACACCAUAUAUCAUUGCGCUUCUUAUAGUCGGCGUGAUAUUCAUUGCAGCAUUCCUGUAUUGGCAGCACAAUUUGGAAAAGCAAUUGGACGACCCCCUGAUCCCCAAGUCAAAAUGGAACCCCCCGCCUCUUAUGCGCCUGUCGCUGUGGACGAGAGCCAAGGGGCGCGUGGCGGUUAUGAUGGUUGUUGCGUUUCUGCAGUGGUGCUGCUUUUUGGCAUGGUGUUAUUGGUCUCAGCUGUACUAUCAAAAUUACAAAGGAUACACGCCCCUUCUUACUGUGAUUCGAUUGCUUCCUAUGACGGUAUCUGGAAUCAUUUGCAAUAUGAUUGUAGCAGCUCUUGUAGGACAUCUACCGCUCGUCUGUUUCAUAGCGACUGGAACCGCCUUAUCAGGUGUCGCAGCCCUCCUCUUCGCCGUGAUGGACCCCGAUGUAACAUACUGGGCGUUCGGGUUCCCUGCAGCCAUACUCGCAGUUGUUGGCGCCGACUUCGUAUUCGCGGGCGGAACUCUGUUCAUCGCCAAGGUAUCAUUACCGCAUGAACAAAGUCUUGCUGGGGCAGUAUUCCAAACAAUGACUCAGCUCGGCACAUCUGUUGGUGUGACGGUGUCGACUGUUGUUUUCGACCGCGUGUUGCGCCAGCGUUCGGCGGAUAUGGGUGUAAUUCUGGAUGCGAGCGCAUCUGGUGCGCCCAAAGCUGCGCAGCUGGAUAGCUAUAGAGCGGCGGAGUGGACCAAUUUUGCUUUCGGGAUGUUGGCUACCCUGCUAGCACUCAUUUUCUUCCGUGGUGUAGGUAUUGUAGGGCAGAAGGGCAAGGAAACUGAUGAUCAGGAACGGACAGUCACCAAUCCAGAGGAGAAGAUCGAUUCGCGAGCGUAGAAAACAAGUACACCUAUGGCAUAUAUUAUGUGAAUUUUGGGACUCGAUGCUUGCAUGCCUAGGACUAUCUUCUUGGAUGUAUAAACCUCGUAGAGCACCUGUAGACUAAUAUCGAUAGAGAUUUCCACACCGGGUAAUGCUUACCCGAUC